AAAGAUACUAGCAAAACUAUCAAGGUUGUUUAAUAAUGUAAACUAAUAAGUGGACUGCCAAGGAGCCUUACAAUAGCUCAACAGACUACAGAUGACCUUUUGACCUGGUUGGCAGGAAGCUAGUCAGACCAUGGCCACUAGUCCUGCAGUCGGGGAGGGCCAGCUUCAAAGGAUUAUCAGAGAUCUACACGAUGCUGUAACAGAAUUGGCAAAGGAGUAUAAGGAGAAUGGCGAGCCCAUUACAGAUGACAGCUCUAACCUGCAGAAGUUCUCCUACAAACUGGAGUACCUGCUUCAGUUUGACCAGAAGGAGAAAACAACAUUUCUGGGUUCAAGAAAAGACUACUGGGAUUAUUUCAGUGAUUGUCUGGCCAAAAUCAAAGGAGCAAACAAUGGAAUUCGCUUUGUUAAAUCUAUUGCAGAGCUGAAGACGUCUCUGGGUAAAGGCAGAGCAUUUAUCCGUUACUCUCUGGUACACCAGCGACUUGCUGACACCCUUCAACAGUGCCUUAUGAACCAAAAGGUCACCAGUGACUGGUAUAAUUCCCGCAGUCCAUUCCUGAAACCUCAUCUCAGUGUGGAAAUCAUUAAUUACCUCUAUGAGCUCAAUGAUGUUCAAUUUGAUGUGGCUUCCCGGGGUCAUGACCUUGAUUCAGCAUGGCCCACUUUUGCAAGGAGAACACUGGGUAUGACUAGCUCUCCGAGUCACAUGUGGAAACCACCGAGUCGUAGUUCCAGCAUCAACAGUCUGGCCAGCACAUACUCACAGCAGGCUCAUGAGUUUCCUGGUAGUCCAGACUUUGGACCUGGGCAUCUAGCUGACAUGUCUAUGCAAAACUCCAGUGGACUAAAUGAUUCUUCAGUUAUUGCUGUUGAUGAACUCCGCCUGGAGCUGGACCAGUCAGAACUAAAGCAAAGAGAGCUAUUUGACAAGGUGCAGCAGUUAAGUGGCGAGGCUACUGAACUCCGUGGAGUUGUGGUGGCUCUCCAAAGGCAGCUGGACUUCUCUCUUGCUGCUCAAGCCAACCAUCAGGAGCUUCAGCAGAAUUUGAAUGUGCUAGCUGAGAGAGAACAAGUCCUAUCCCAUGAGCUGGAGGUCUUGAGGGGACGCGAGAAUGCCAGAGAAGCUUCUCAUAGGGACCUACAGGUCAUAUUGGCAUCAGCAGAGCGGAAAAAUGAGGAAUUAAUGGCUAAGCUAGACGGGGUACUGAAUGAAAAAGGGCAGAAGGCUGCCAGUGACUUCAACUCCACCCAGAAGAUUCAUGAGCUGUUAAAUGAAUUGAAGGAGGCAGAAAGAGGGAGGAUCGAGGCUCUCACAGAAGGAGAAGAGAGGAGGAGGCAGGUAGAACAUCUGGCUGAGGAGGUCAGAAUGAAGGAGGAAGCGCUCAAAGAGGCAGAGACAAAAAUGAUCAGUUUGAUGGAGAAGGGUGAAAAACUGCAGACAAGAGCAGAAGAACAGCGUAAUGUCAUGGACAAACUCCAGGGGGCACUUGCAGUCAGAGAGAAAGAGACCACUAACUUGCAGAGGCAAAUGCAAGAUCUUCUGCACUUUUUGGAAACUAUGGAAAAACAGACCAAAGAUGAGAAGAAGAGGAUGCAAGAGGACAAAGAAUACCUUAAGAAGACAAUGAGUGGUCUUGAAGGACAGCUCGAAACCCUACGGACACAGCUGAAGACCAAAGAAACUCAGCUUUUGUCCAGCACCAAGAAGGUCCAGUUUCUGGAGACAGAAUCAGAGAUAAUUAGGAAUGAGAAACAGAGUCUGAAUGAGACUGUUACGAAACUGGAAACCAGCUUCAAAGAUCAGGCCAAGAAGAUUGACGAAUUCGAAGAUAGGUGUGCUGAGCUUAUUGAGCAAAACAGAAAGCUUCUCCAGACAGUGAAGAGGAAUGAGGAGACCACAAAAAAGUUGAUCGAAAACAAAUCUGCAUUGGAGAGUGAGCUGGCUGAAUUGAGGGCUUCAGAGAAGCAGAUGCGAGCACAGAUUAAUGAUGCCAAAGUGUCUGUUGAUGAACGAGAGCAGCGUAUGCGAGAUGAGAACAGGAGUCUGGAUGAGAGGCUGCAUAAAGCCAACAUGAAGUUGCAGGAAUCGGAGAGUUCAGUUGGCAAACUGGAGCAGGAAAACAAGGACCUCAUAGAGGUUCAGGUGGCUCUUAAAGCAGCUCUUGCGGCCAUGCAGGAGGAGGUACGUAACAUACAAAGCCAGAUUGCUGAACUUGAGACAAGUCUUGGAGCCGCAAGAUGCAAUGAGGCAAACCUGGCUGCACAGCUUAAAGAUAGGGAUUACCAGUUGGAGGACAGGAAGAAGGUCAGUGAGGACCUUCAAAGAAGGGUGGAAAAACUUGAAGCUCGAGAGGAGGAGUUGGAAAUGGGGAAGAUGGAAACAGAGAGAGCCUUUGUUAAACAAACUGAGAUGAUGAAGAGUCUGGAGGUUCAGAGGAUGGCUGCGGAGAAGGUCCAACUUGAGCAAAGCACAAAUCAGGCUAGAGAAACCCAGGAGAUGGCUUCAAAGGUGACUGUGCUUGAGGAUCAACUGGGAUUGAGUGUCAAGGAGGUGUCCAGGCUUCAGGAGGACAUGCUGGAUCUCAGGGCUAAACUCCACAGUGCUGUGGAUGAGAGGGACAAGACACAAGUAAAGCUGGAGGUGACUGAGGCUUCCUGUGCAGAACUUCGGACCUUGACUGAACAACUGAAGAAGCAGGCAGAGGAGCAGAACCGAGCACAUGUAAAUGAGCUGCUGCAGUCUAGUGAACGACUACGGGCUGUAACAUCUCAACUGGACCAAGAGACCUCCGUACGUACUAAGAUAGCUGCUGAACUUGCCUUAGCACAAGAGGAGCUGGCAGACCUCAAGGCCCAGAAUGAAAGGUUAGUCCUGGAGAAUGCAGAGACCAGAGAAUGUCUCCACCGGGUCAACACUGAGAUGGCAGAGAUGGGAAUGACUAUUUGCCAGUUGACCACAGAGCGGGAAGAGGCCCGAGAACGCUGGGCUGCCGAAGCUGCUCGGAUCCAGGAACUGCAAGGGCAGGGAGUGAAGGAAACGGAGCGACUCCAUGCCAGCAUGGUGGCUCUUCGACAGGAAAACGCAAGUCUACAAGAAGAACUCCAGCAGGCGGAGAAACUUUCAGAGGCUUUGCUGGAGCUAAAGGAGCUGCUGGACAAAACCGAGGGUGAACGGAAUGCUGCUCGAGAAGAAAUCGCAGCAGUGAAAUUUCAGAUGAGCACCGAGAGCAUGGCCAACAAAAACCAGAUAAAGAGUCUUAAUGAAGAGUUUGAGGUUUUGAAAUCACAAUUAAACAUGGAGAUGAAGAAGACAUCUGAACUGGAGGCCAAAGUGUCAGAGUUAGAGGAAGUAAAUAUGGUAUACUCCCGUCUUAUUGAGGAGAAAGACUCUCACAUUACUAAUUGUGAGACUUUGAUCCGUGAGAGUGAGUGUGAGACACAGCAACUACAAGAAAGUGUAACAAGUACCAAAGAGGCUCUCAGUGAAUUACAGGAGGAGAAAGAAGUGUUGAAGCAGAGGUUGGAUCAGGUGUUGACAGAUGCUCAGAACCAGCAUAUCAGAAUGGCUGCUGAACUGGAGGAUCUUGGCCAAACCAAGAGUAACCUUGAGGAACGGCUCAUUGAACUUAUUAGGGAUAAGGACGCUCUGUGGCAGAAAUCGGAUGCUCUGGAGUUUGAACAGAAGCUCAGAUCAGAGGAACAGUGGUGGUUGGUGGAUAAGGAGACCACACGCUGUCUAGAUUGUCAGAGUCAGUUCACAUGGUGGCUGCGCCGUCAUCACUGCAGGUUGUGUGGCCGUAUUUUCUGUUACUACUGCAGCAAUAAUUUUGUGAUGACGAGAAACAGAAAGAAGGAGCGCUGCUGUCGAGAGUGUUACACGCAGCACAGCGCUGUGGUGGAAAGAUUCACAAAGACCGAACUCAGCAGCUCCACAGUGAAUCAACCAUCACUUCACGAAAACACUGCCAGCCAACCGCCACCCUAUAUACCCACACCCAGAGUUACAGUGACAGAUCCUAGUGAGAUACAGGAUGAUGGGGUGUUUGACAUCAUAACAGAGGAGGAAGUGAAUGAGAUCUAUGACAGUGACUCACGCACCACCACUGGAUCACAAGAGGAAGAUGGAGGGCCAAUCAGAGACCUUGUAUCAAGUGACAUGACCCCUGAUGAACAGGAAGAAUUGGCCCCUACUGUACAGGAUGCGGAAAUCAAUCUUCUCAAGUCAGGAGAACUCACUGCCUCUGUGCCUCUGGAUAUAGAUGAGAUUUCUCAAUUUGGUGAUGGUUCCCGUGAGCUCCUUGUUAUGUCCAGUUGCUAUAGUGCCAUUCCCAUCACUGUGGGCGACCGGGGGCCCAUCAUCAGCUGGGUUUUCUCUUCCGAGCCAAAGAGCAUCUCCUUUACUGUGGUGCACAGAGACACGCUUGACACACCUGUUGAGCAGGCAAAGGUUCUGAUUCCUCUGACACGCUGUAACUCUCACAAAGAGACCAUCCAGGGCCAACUCAAAGUCCGCAACCCUGGAGUCUACACGCUCAUAUUUGAUAACUCAUUCUCCAGAUUUCUCUCUAAGAAGGUCAACUAUCACCUGGCCAUUGAGAAGCCAAUAAUCUACGAUGGAAGUGACCUCCCUUAGGCACAGCUUUGUUGUAUGUAGUGUCCUAAUGUUUUUAUUUUUAGUCAUCUCAAACUUGUUCUCAUGUGCCAUUAGUUUCAUGUUUCGUUGGUGUAGUCUAGUAUACUUGAGUGUUUAUAUUUUAGCACCGGUAAAAUAGUGUAUCUGUUGUAAGAAUUGUUUGCUUUUAUUAUUUCACUUUCUUUGUGAACACAGAGAACUAUUUUAAAUGGAUUUUAUGCUUAAAGUAACACUACAGAGGAAUGAAAAUGUAAAGAAUUUAGUGAUAAAGAGCAGUUUUAGCAAACAUGGGAAAAUGCACAAAAAUUCCUGGUAAUGUUUCACAAAAAUUGUGAGACAAUCACAAACUACUAUAAGCUUUAAAAAUGGACAAUUCAGAAAACUCUUUCAUUUCUAACUGCUUAUGAUGGCAACAGUUAUGUGGGAGACAGGUGAGUGACUUCUAAAAAGACUUGCAGAUGACAAAAUGGUUGUUGUUUUCCAAAGAUAUCACACUACAUUUUCACUACAGCUGUCCAAUAUUGCACUGCAUGCUCUGAGAUUACCAAGUACACAGAAAUACUGUUAUGUUUGAGCCACGUCAACUGGGUAUUUUGGCACUUUUGAACUAAAAUGCCAUUUUCCACUUCAGGUCAUUAACCUAUUUUCGGGAGAGAAAACAAAUACUCUCAGACAAAAUGAAACUGACUUUAAGUAUGGAACGUAAAAAGCAAUAAGCAUUUUGUGUCUAAUAUACACAGUUUUUCAUCUUACUAACUAGGUUAAAAUUUUACUGACAAGACAGCUAUUUAAACACUUUUCUUGUGUCAGCCAUAUAAUUAUAUGCACAAUGCAUACAUGCAAAUAUGGCACUUUCGAAUAUGUUUACUCCAUUUAGUAUUUGGAUAGGAUACAUUAUAAUAUUCCUCUUGUUGGUGUUGAUUUAAAUGAAAUAGCACAUACAUAGUACUCAUUUAGCAUUUGCACCAAGUAUAUUUUUUCAAAUAUAAUGCUGAUGUAAUUUCUAAGUGAUAAAAUUGGUUUACUGAAGUUCACAUUCAGAAUAUUUUUCUACAAGUUUGAUGAGUCAUUUUGGAGGUUUAAUAUCGUUGAAUAUAAAGCAUUGUAUUCUCAUCCAAAAAUUAGUAAUAUAAACGCUUAAACAGUUAAAAACUUUUUUACUCGCUAUUAAAGCAAAUAUACAAGACACAAGUUUAUUCAGUGUUGAGGUUAAUUUAUAAUUUACUCUGUGACAAAGCAGAACUAGACUGCUGCUCCUAUGAAGAUCUGUUUGUAUAUUUCUAUGACAUUUUGGGCUCGUUUUUGAUGUGCAAUUUUAAACAUUUUCUUAAUAGGUCUUGUACUUUUUUAGGAGUACAUUUUUUUAAGUAGUAUUUUAAAUAUAUUGUAAGUUUUAAAGUAGGAUAAGUGCAUAUUUAUGUAUAUCACUGAAUGUAGUGCUGAUACUUGUGAAUCUAUGCAAUCACAGUGCAAUGUUUACAAAUUGCAAACGUUUAAAAUUGAAUAAAGUUUGUAAGUUCAGUAUUUCUCAUUUUUGUUCAUUUAUGUAUCUGAAUACAUUUACACCAAGAUUGUAGCAUUAUUGAAAUAAUUAUUUUGUCUGAUCAAACUGCUCUUUUUCAGAUAUCUUUGCAUCAUUCACGCUUGUAUUAUCCCAAUCCAUUGAUCUAAUAACAGGCUAUCUAACUUAGCCUCAUGUGGUUCCAAACCCAUAUGACUUUCUUUCUUCUGUGGAACAUAAAACGGGAUGUUAGGCAGAAUGUAAGCCUCAGUAUUCACUUUCUUUGCAUCCUUUUCCCAUACAGUGUAAAUGAAUGGUGACUGAGGCUAACGUUCUGCCUGACAGUUCCUUUUUGUGUUCCACAGUGUUCCAGUGUUGGGUUAGUUAUCCCUUUAAUAUAUCUAUCUGUACACCUACUCUGCUGGAUCAGAGUGGAUUCAUGUUAGCAAUGACAAUAUUCAUAUCACACUGUUUAUGUGUUACUCUUACUAUCUUCAACGUUUUUUCUUCGUCAAAUAGCAAUGUCAAAUAUAAAUCGAGUCAAUCACAGAAACAUCAGCAUCACCUUGAGUAACAAAUGGCAUGUAUAAUAUGUAUGUCUACACACAUAUGGGAUACUGAUAAUUCACCACUGUUACACAGAAAAUCCUCAUGAUAUAUUAUUUAUUUGUAUUAAUAUAGUACUAAUUUAUCUUGUAAUAAACAAAGAUAUAUA